CUCCAGCACCAGCAGCACCAGCAGCAGCACCAGCAGCAGCUGUCGCCGAGCCCUUACUCGAGCGCGCCCUUCGCCCAGCCGCUCGCGUCGCCCGCCCACCAGCAGUUCGUCCAGCACCGCCAGACCGCGUCGCCGUCGAGCGCCGCCAACAGCACCAGCGUGCCCCCGUAUGCCACGCCCCAGGCCCAGCGCUCGCCCAGCGUGCCCUCCAACGGCCAGCAGCCCAUGAACCCGCCCGCGACCCAGCCGCAGACGUCGCAGCCCAUGGCCGCCCACACGCCCGUCAAGGCCGUCCCGCAGUCGCCCGCGUCCCCCGUCGCCCAGGCGCGCGAGAAGCAGCGGAUAGACACGCUGCUCGAGAUCAACCAGGUGCUGAUCAAGGAGGUCAUGGAGCUGCACGCCCAGGGCAAGGCUGGCCACAUCGGCCCUGCGCCUGAGGUCAAGCCGGAGGGAGCCCAGCAGCAGCAGGCCUCCGUGGAAUAUAGGGACUGUAUGCGCCGGCUCCAGGCGAACCUGGCCUUCCUCGCGCAGAACGCAGAGAAGCACACCAAGCCCAACCAGGCGAUCCUGCCCGGACCCGCCAUCAUGAACGCGCCCGCGUCACCCGAUGAACUUGUCAAGCUGUAUAUGAAACUGCAAAGCCUCUUCCCCGGAUGGAAAGGCGCACAGGCAAAAGCCUCGCCAGGUCCACAGCGCCUGAACUCGGCGUCGUCACAGCCCGGCAGCGCGGGCAUGCAGAACAACAUGCAACCGCCGCACAGCGCAGGCCUACAGAACAAUAUGCACCCUCCCAACAGCGCCGGCCUACCCCAGAACAUGCAGCUCCCCAGCAACGCGAAUGCCAUGAACAGCACGAUGCAGAAUAACUUCCAGACACAGCAAUAA